AGAGGGUGAAUAAGUGUGUAACGUCAGACCCCAGCACGACGCUACCUUGCGAUGUAAUCCUCGUAGAAGCGGACCCUCCUUUUCCAACGCUUGGUUAUUUUGUUGUAACUACAAGUGUAACUGCACAUGGUUACCAGUAAUAUAAAGGAAACAAUUUAGACGGACACUACGUGCAGUGGUAUUGAGCAGAAUGGAAGCGGUGAACGCCUUCAACACGGAGUUGUUCUCCAUGAUUGACAUGAAGCCUCCAAUAUCUCGCGCUAAAAUGAUGUCUGUGACAAAGUCGGCCAUCAAAGCCAUCAAGCUCUACAAACAUGUGGUCCAGAUUGUUGAAAAGUUCAUCAAGAGGUGCAAACCAGAGCUGAAAGUCCCCGGCUUGUAUGUGGUCGAUUCCAUUGUUCGCCAGUCACGUCAUCAGUUUGGUCUGGACAAGGAUGUUUUUGGACCCCGCUUUUUGAAGAACUUCACAGAAACCUUUCAGAAUCUUUACCACUGCCCAGAGGAUGACAAGAACAAAAUUCUGAGAGUGUUGAACCUCUGGCAGAAGAAUGGUGUGUUUGACAUGGACAUCAUUCAGCCUCUGAUGGACAUGGCUAAUGGCGUCGUCGCACCUGCACCCUCACUUGAAGUUCCCACUGAGCCGCAGCCUCCACCCACAGCGGCCCCAGCUGUGACCACAUUAUCGCAGAUGCCCACUUCUGACGCUUUAGCUGCUGUGGCUCAACUCUUCCAGUCCCCACAUGGUCAGGAGCUCCAAAGGAUGCUUCAGAACCUCCAGCAGGGAGAAAAGACACCAACGGCCAAUAAUACCAAUGAGCCACACCCAUCCCCCAUGCCUGUGGCUCAGCCCCAGAUGCUUGAUACAAACCCAGAAGAAAGAAGCUCCCUGACAGAGAGACUACUCGACAAGUUUGACUAUGACGACGAACCUGAAGAUGCUGCAACAAAAGUCGCUUUGGAUUUACCAGGACAGGUGCCCAACAUGGAGUCUGUUCAUCCACCACUAAUGGGACAACCUGCGUCCGGCGAGGUUGUCGGUGGAGCAAGUCACAAUGAGCAUCAGAAGGUGAAAGAUUUAUACCAUUCCAGAAAUGCACACAACUCUAAAUCACAGGUGGAUUCAAGGGAGGAACCAUCUACACGAAGAGAAGGAAGAAACAGGAGGUCAAGGUCUGGUUCUCGUUCUCCCAGGAAAAGAGGGUCUCGUUCUUCAUCACGCUCAAAAGGGUCCAGGCGCAGACGCUCCAGAAGUCCCCCCAGAGAGCAACGCUGGCGAUCUCGUUCUCAGGACAGGGCGGAUCGCGAGCGUGACAGAGAGCGGAGACAGAAGGGUCUUCCUAGCAUCAAGAGCCAGACGCUUAGUGUUUGCAGCACAACACUCUGGGUCGGUCAGCUGGACAAGAAAACACAGCAGUCUGACGUCAUGUCCCUUCUGGAGGAGUUUGGCCAGAUUGACUCAAUCAAUAUGAUACCUCCCAGAGGUUGUGCCUACAUUGUUAUGGUGCACAGACAGGACGCCUACACUGCCUUGAACAAGCUGACUCGUGGUUCGUACAAAGUCAACCAGAAGUCUGUGAAGAUUGCGUGGGCUUUGAACAAAGGUAUAAAAACAGCACACAAAAAGUUCUGGGACGUGGAGCGAGGGGUCACCUACAUCCCCUGGGCUAAAGUGAAAACCGAGGAGCUGGAGGGCUAUCGAGAAGGAGGAAUGUUCGACCCAGACACAUUAACUGAAGAUUGGAAAAAUGUUCUGAACCUCAAAAAGCAGGCGGUUGUCAACGGCAUGUCAGAUACUGCACCAAGAGAUGGGACCGUCGAAGCUCAGAUUCAGGGGCCAGCCAUGGGGUCCAUCAGGAGCCCCCCAGCCUUGACUUCUCCAGCCAUGAUGUCACCUGGGUCCAUGCACACCAUGGGGGGUACUGUCACCGUUUCCAUGCUCCCAAUGGGGGGUCAUGUCACUCCGCCUGUGUCCAUGCCCCCAUUAGGGGGUCCUGGCCCUGUCCCUUCAACUGUGUCCAUGCCACCACCGGGGGGUCCUUCCCCUGGGUCCAUUCCCCGAAUGGGGGGUCCUGUCCCUGUCCCUUCAACUGUGUCCAUACCCCCAAUGAGGGUUCCUGUCACUCCCCCUGUGUCCAUGUCCCCAUUAGGGGGUCCUGUCCCUUCAAUUGUGUCCAUGCCCCCACUGGGGGGGCCUGUCCCCGGGUCCAUGCCCCGAAUGGGGGGACCUGUCCCCACCCCUUUAACUGUGUCCAUGCCCCGAAUGGGGUGUCCUGUACCUGUCCCUUCAACUGUGUCCUCCCCCCGAAUGGGGGGUCCGGUCCUGCCGGACUUCAAGCCACGCAGCGCAGCAGCACCAGGUUUCACACCCGCAGCAGACAUGACCUCUGACCCUGGCCUGGGAAAUCCUGCGGACCCCGAGCUGGGCCCCCCAGAGCCCGCGGUGAUGAACCUUCCGCCUGCCCCUUACCAUCGUCCUCCUCCCCGCUUCCUCCCCCCACACAACAUGACCCCCCAAAUGAUGCCUGGGGGACCGACCUUCCCCCGGUUCAGGAUGCGCCUGCCCUUCCCUCCUCGCGGCCCCGUCCUCCCUCGGCCGCCCUUCAUGGGGCCGCCGGAGGGCCCCUUCCAAGGAAGGCCACCUUUCAGGGGCCCCGUUCGCUUCCCAAGAGGCGGCUGGUAGAAGAGGGGGUCCCAAACCUUUGUUUUUACACCCAACUUUUUCUUUAGUGAUGCCCCCCCGACUGUAAAUAGUGUACAUGCUCGCCACCCUUUGAUAUCUUUUUGUAUAUUUUUGUCAAAGCAGUGGAAAUAAAUCAUCUUGUGCUGAUUUGACCUCACUCAAGUUUUAAGUCCAAGUGACGCAGAUCAGAGCUUUUCUUGUCCACCACUAGAGGUCGACACCUGCCAGCAGUUGCUGUCAUUAAACAACUUGUGUCCAAA